CCUCUCUCUAUUCUCCACUCUCUCGACACUUCCCCUCACCCCUCUCCAAACCCAAUUCACCACAAUGGCUCUCCGACAGGCGUCCCGCAAACCAUUACGUACUUGGCUUAUCCGAACGCCAAUUAUCCGUGGGUUCGCUUCAGUUUCCAAUCUUCCGAAGUCUGUCAAAGAUGAGAUAGCACACGAGCAGUUAUUGCCUAACUAUGACCCCCCCACUGACUCUGCUACUGGAUCUCUGUUAUCUAAGCAAGCACCCUAUAUGGUCAGGACCUAUGUCCGCCCACCACAGAUGUUCGUUCGCGGGGUCGGGAGUGUGUUGUAUGAUGUGGAGAACAGGAAGUACAUUGAUUUCACAGCUGGGAUCGCCGUGAAUUCUUUGGGUCAUGGAGACGAGCACUUGUGCAACUUGAUUUUUGACCAGGCGAAACAGGUUAUCCAUACCUCGAACUUGUAUCAUAACCCUUGGACCGGAGAGCUAGCAGCGCUGCUUGUUAACAAAACUAAAGAGCACGGCGCAUUCCACAAUGCUUCUCAGGUGUUUGUUUGCAAUUCUGGCUCCGAGGCGAACGAGGCAGCCCUCAAGUUUGCGAGAAAGGUCGGGAAAGUAAUUGGCGGGGAGAAGAAGAUUGGUGUAGUCUCAUUCACCAACUCGUUCCAUGGUAGAACUAUGGGUGCCCUUUCGGCUACACCUAAUCCAAAGUAUCAGAAACCCUUUUCCCCAAUGGUUCCGGGGUAUACACAUGGAGUUUAUAAUGAUAUUGCAGGGAUUAAUGACUUGGUCACUGGGGAGACUUGUGGAGUCAUUGUCGAGCCGAUACAGGGAGAGGGUGGUGUCAACGUUGGGUCUCCAGAGUUUCUGAUUGCGUUGAGCAAGAGGUGCAAGGAGGUCGGAGCUGUAUUGAUUUAUGACGAGAUUCAGUGCGGUUUGGGCAGAACUGGAGACCUCUGGGCCCACCAGUUCCUCCCCAAGGAGGCUCACCCGGAUAUCCUAACCAUGGCUAAGGCGCUUGGCAACGGAUUCCCAAUUGGUGCAACAAUGGUCAACAAUUUUGUUGGAGAAAAGAUCAUGACCGGUGACCACGGAACAACUUUUGGCGGGAACCCACUAGCUUCCCGAAUCGGGCACCACGUCUUUAGCAGGCUUUCGGAGCACUCUCUCCUUAAAGGAGUUGAAGCCAAGUCAGGGGUGUUUGUGAAGCGGUUGACUGCGAUUAAGGAUAAAUAUCCGGAAGUAGCAACUGAGGUCCGAGGCAAAGGAUUAAUCCUUGGGCUCCAGUUGACCAGAGAUCCCACAAGCCUGGUCAAGGAGGCCAGGGAGCGGGGACUACUGAUUAUUACAGCUGGCACGAAUACAGUUCGGUUUGUUCCCCCGUUAGUCAUUGAGGAGGAGAUCAUAAACGAAGGGUUGGAUAUUUUUGAAAAGGCGAUGAAGGUUUUUGUAGAGAGCGGAAAUUCAUAAGUUGGAAGUUCAUGAUUUUAGUUAG